AUGGGAGUGGACCACAGGAACAACUGUCUGGAGCUGGAGAACAGCCAUAUUGUCAUGGUUGGUGGCACUCUGCAGAGCUCAAGAGGGAAUGGCUUCAUGGGACGGACCCCCAUGUUCCCUGCUGAGCCUAAUGGACUUGUCUGUCUGCCUCCGGCAUACUCCUGGAACCUGUUAGGGCAACACAGGCUGACUAAGUCUGCUCACCUAAGAGUGCCAAGAGUCUAA